AAAAUCCUCCAUCGCCUCCAUCAACCACAUAUUCAGAUCAAUCAUGCACACUUUUGUGAAGACAAUCCGCUUACUUGUGUUGACCUCUGUUUCAAUUUCAAUUUCAAUUCUUCUUCUUCCCAUGGCGCCGCCGAUCACAUCUCCAUCAACUGCGGCGAAGACGAUGCACCGGAAGGCUCAUCAACGGCGUCGACAGCUGCGACGACCGCCGCGGAUCCGAUUCCCUACGCCACUGCGCGGAUCUCCCGCUCUCGAUUUUCCUACUCCUUUCACCUCGCUCCAGGUCAGAAAUUCAUCCGAUUGCACUUCCUUCCCGCCGCCUACCGCGGAUUCGAAAGCUCCGGCGAUUUCUUCACCGUUGAAUUCGGUCCUUUCACGCUGCUUGCUAAUUUCAGUGCCUCAAUAACUGCUCGUGCGCUUUCUGUUAAUGUUAUUGCUAAGGAAUUUUGCGUAAUUGUGGAUGAAAAUGGAAAUCAAACCUUCGAUUUAGUGUUCUCUCCCGAGACUAGCCAAUCUAGGUAUAGUAAUUAUGCUUUCGUUAAUCGAAUUGAGGUUAUACCGGUGCCUUCCACCGUUUCAUACUGUCACGGUGGGGAUAGUGGAGUUGAUGUGAUUGGGGAAAAGUCUGUAAUCUAUGUGAACAAUGCUACUGCGCUUGAGAGGGUUUAUCAUCACAAUAUAAAGUGGGGUGAUAUCUCGUUUGGGCAUGAUAUGUUCGGGGUAUGGGCAUCGAUUCUUAAAGGAAAUGGAAACAAGGGUAGUGAUCUCACCUGGAGAGUGUUUGUUGAUGUAGGAUUUAGGUAUUUGGUGAGGGUUCACUUGUUUGAUGUAGGGAUUGGGAUGGAUUUUGUUCUUAUGAUUGAUGGCAAGGUUGCCUUGACUAGUGUUGACAUGGUCGAACAGUCGGGGAAUCGGAGUGUUCUUUGGUAUAACUACAUAGUGAUGGUGCAAGGGAAGAAGAGUGAGUCUAAGCAAAGAAUCUCUAUCUCUCUGCAUUCUCGUAGUGAAUUGGUGGCUAGACGAGGCCCGAUUGAAGGAUUUGAAGUGUUCAAGUUAAGCAACCAUGACCUCAGUCUUGCCUCUCCCAAUCCUCUGCUUCCACCAGGAGAUUCGCUGUCAUACUCUGCCCCAACUCUAUUACAAUCUCUUCUUGGUCACAGAAAUGCUAUUGCAACUGUGGUGUUUACUUUAAUGGUGAACAUCGUUGUCCACAAAAUGUGGGCAACUGAUUCUUCUAAGGAUGAAAACGAGCCAUCUGCCAGGGUAAAGCGACCUUGUCGUCACUUUUCACUAGCUGAGAUGAAAUCAGCAACAGACAACUUCCACAGCAGAAAUAUUGUUGGAAGGGGUGGAUUUGGGGAUGUUCUCAGAGGGUUCAUGGAUAAUGGGAGAGAGAUUGUAGCCAUAAAGCGGUUGAAACAACGCUCCAGUCAAGGGGAGCAACAAUUUUGGUCAGAGGUCGAAAUUCUUUCUGAGCUGCGACAUGUGAAUCUGGUUUCUCUCAUUGGAUACUGCUGUGAGCAAAAGGAAAUGAUUCUUGUUUAUGAGUAUAUGCCCAAUGGGACAUUGGCUGACCAUCUCUACAAACUAGCCAGAGAAAACAAAGAUUUUUAUCGUCUCUCUUGGAAGCAACGACUUAAGAUCUGCAUUGGAGCUGGCCGAGCACUAGAUUAUCUUCACACAGGCCUUGGGAUCAUACAUCGAGAUGUGAAAUCUUCAAACAUUUUGCUUGAUGAGAACUUUGUGGCUAAAAUCUCAGAUUUUGGCUUAGCUAAGACCGGAUUUGGCAGUGGAUCUCAGAUCCAAAAUAGCACACUAGUUAGAGGCACACGAGGAUAUUUGGACCCGAAUUACUGUGAAACGCAUAAACCAACAAAAAAUAGUGACACGUAUUCUUUUGGUGUGGUGUUGUUGGAAGUGCUGUGUGGGAGAAGAGCGCUGGAGCGAUGUGAUGAAGAAGAUAAGUUUUGUCUGACUAAAUGGGCUAUAGAUAAAAUUAGUAAGGGACAGGUUGACCACAUUGUACAUUCAAGUCUAGUAAGUGAAGUAUCACCAGAUAGCCUGAAGACGUUUGUGAAGGUUUCAAAAAGAUGCCUGCAUGAUGUACCAAAAAAUCGUCCAGCAAUAGGUCACGUUGUCAUGAAACUUGAGCUUGCACUUCAGCAGCAGGACAAGGCAGAAUCUAUGGGUCCAAAUGAGGGGACUAGAGGCGAGAAUUCGUAUUCAUCUACUGAUAAAUAUCAGAAGAAGAACAUGAAUCUUAUGGUACCAAAUGAGAAACCCGAUAUUGUUGAUGCCUUGCCUCAGAUGGAGAAUGCGACAUCCUUGGCUCCUGAGGUAAGAAUUAUUACUGUUGCCAUGCCAAGUAAUGAUAAUGAUAGAACUAUCUUAUCGACUAAACCGAAAUCAACGGCGAAAGUGAAAACUGUUACUUUUCUUUCAAGUCAGCAAAUUAACAGAUCAGUAGUCAGUUCUAGAAGACAAAGUGGAAGGAAAUCCAUGAUGCAUCUGAUAUCACAAAAACUUCAGAUAUCACAAAAACUUCGGCAGUUGAAUGGUUUUUGGAAGACCAGGAAGCCCACAAACAAAAUGCAUAUGGUUGGAACCUCAGUAUCAGCUCCAAUAGCAAAUACAAAAGGCAUAUCGGGUGGCAAUUCUGAGAGAAAUGAUGAGAUUAUUUUUAGUCCCAGUCCGGAGUGGAAGAUGCUGGCCGAGCCCAAUAUGAGGGUUUUCAGCUUAACAGAACUCAAGGUCGCGACUCACAAUUUCAGAAAUGAUUUGGUCCUGGGAGAUGGAGGUUUUGGCACGGUUUACAAGGGGUGGCUGGUUGACAGAGACAACGCUGAAACAACCAUAAUUGCUGUCAAGAAGUUGGGUUCUGAAAGUAUGCAAGGGUUUUAUGAGUGGCAGUCCGAGGUGAGUAUCCUUGGAAAACUUUCUCAUCCCAAUCUGGUGAAGCUCUUGGGCUACUGCCAUGAGGGAAUGGAGCUACUACUUGUGUAUGAAUUCAUGGCCAAAGGCAGCUUGGAAAGCCAUCUAUUUACAAGGAGCAUGAAUGUUCCUCCACUUCCAUGGGACAUUAGGCUUAAGAUAUUGAUUGGAACAGCUCAUGGCUUGGCGUUCUUGCACAUGUCUGAAAAACAAGUUAUCUGUAGGGACUUGAAGCCAUCCAACAUAUUGCUUGAUGGAUCAUACGAAGCGAAGCUAUCUGACUUUGGGUUAGCAAAGUUGGGUCCAUCAGCUGAUAAUUCCCAUGUUACGACACGGAUUAUGGGAACAUAUGGUUACGCUGCUCCCGAAUAUAUCGCCACAGGGCACUUGUAUGUGAAGAGUGAUGUAUAUGGCUUUGGUGUGGUGUUAUUAGAGAUGCUGACAGGGCUGCGCUCAAUCGACAAACAACGCCCUCAUAGACAACAUCAUCUUGUUGAUUGGAUGAGGCCAUAUUUAUCCUAUAGGAAGAAGUUAAAGAAAGUGAUGGAUAUCCGUUUAGAGGGAGCAUAUCCGACUAACUCAGCAAUGCAACUAUGUAAGGUUGCCUUUAAUUGCCUUAAACCUGACCCCAAGAGUAGACCCUCUAUGCAGGAGAUAGUGCACACACUGGAAGGAAUUGAUUCUGCCAAAAUGAGAGACUAGAAGAAGAGUAUACCUAUGUAUGUGCUCUGUUGAAAUUUGUUAUUGUGGCAAUUAUUAGAGUGAGUCAUACCUAUGUAUAAGCUUUGCAAUGUGAAUUACUUAAAAUUUGUUAAAAUGUCACAGAUUGAUUAGUGAUAGAA